GCAGGUAGGUAACGUUAGCCUACAUGAAAUGAUUUGUCUGUUACAGAAUGUGAUAGUAACCUGGCUUUUUAGCAUUAAGCUAAUGUUACAUGAUUCGGCAAUUGCUAAUCAAUAAAUAGCUAGUUCUGUUUUAACGUCGGUUAAUAUUGUGGAGGGGGCUAAAUUGUUAUGGAAAAUAAUAAUGUAACGUUAGGUAAUUACAGUACUCACCUUACAUUCCUCAGGGACAUUUGUAUUAGAUCUUUUAAGCAGGUGUUUUUUGUUUACAUUGUUAUUGCCUUCUGGUUAGCUAAUGUUUGCCCUGCAGGUAAUAGUCACUUGUCCACCCCUUUAUAUAUUAGGUAUAGUUGUAAGUAAAAAAAAAAAAAGGUCAAAGACAAAGCUAUUCGGUUUCUUGUGAGUAUAUACACUUCACUGCCGAUGUGGGGGGGCGCCACCUAAAAUCUUGCCUAGGGCGCCAGAUUGGUUAGGGCCGGGCCUGCCUGUCCGAGAGAACCACAAGUUAAUUGUGAUUAAUUUGUCAUUUAUUAUAUGUAUAUCAUCUGUGUUGCUAUAUUAUUUUUUUGUGUGUACUUUGCUCGUUUUGUGCCACAUUUGUUUUAAAUGCCGUACUUUCUUAAAUAAAAAAAAUAAAAAAGUUCCUCGAAAAUUUCGUGACGUCACUACUUCCCGUAUGUCAGCCGCCUCCAUGAGCGGCACAACACCGGUGUCGGCGGGAGUGAAGUUUCGUUGUGUCGUGCUUGUUCAAGCAUAACUUCUUUGUUUUUUUGUUUAGUAAACAAACUAAGACGAAUCUUGGCGAUAAGAUGUUCGGCGACCGGGCUUGUCCAAGGACCCCCGCCAAUGGACUGAACUAAAGUGUAGGAUCUUAAUGGCGGGCAGCAGGCACAGCAGGAUGGCUGCAUAUGGCGCCCUUCUGCUCAUAGGGUGUGUGUUCACACCUACCCUGGCGUUGAGCCCCACCCUCAAGGACAAAACGUGUCCAUAUGGUGACUACCCCACUGAGGCGGGGAUAUGUUGUAACAAGUGCUCUCCAGGUUUUAAGCUGGUGCACAUGUGCCUCGCUGAGGGGAUGAGGAGUAACUGCACGCCGUGUCCUACGGAUCAGUACAUGGACCAGAUGAACUAUUCCCCCAAAUGUAUGCGAUGCAAGCAAUGCAAAGAGUCAAAGCAAGAAGUACAAGAGUCCAAAUGUGAAAGACACAGAGACACUAUCUGCCGCUGCAAGGACGGCUAUUACCAAUUCACCAUCGACUCCGAGACGACCGAGUGUCGCCGAUGUUCACAGUGCGGUCUCGACGAGAAGGCAGUCCAAAUAUGCACAUCGAAAACCAACACGGUAUGCCAGUGCAAGGAGAACUACCACCGAGUGAAAAGGAAGUGUGAGCCAUGCAAGAAUUGCACAACAGAUUGCGAACAUCUCUGCAAGUUGCUUCCUUCCCACAAUCCCUCAGUUUUGGAGGAGCGACAAGAUGGAUUCUUCAUCAACGUACUGGUUGGAGUGGGGGCUGCGGCCUUUAUCUUGCUUAUGCUGGUCUUCUUCGUGACCUACAUAGCCACCAAACGCUGUAACGAAAAGACGCCCGAGGCCCCUUCGUUAGAGCCAUCAGAUGAGCUGCACAUCCUGGUUGAGAAGACAGAAGAAUCAAGCAGCAACUGCAACAACAUGGCUGUUCCUCAGGCCACUGUAGUUGAAAUGGACCCCUCCAACUUGCCUGACUGUGUCCCUCUGGAAGUAAAGAUCGGCGACCUCAUCAACAUACUGCUGGAGAUGGUUCCCGUGAUUCAGGUCAGGCCGCUUGUGCGUUCCCUCGGCGUGUCGGACAUCGUCAUCGACAGGGCUUUUCAGGACCACUAUCGCAGCAUCAGGGAGGCUCACUACCAGAUGUUCCGAGCGUGGGCCGAGAUGAGCCCACCAAGUGGCAGCGGCAGCGGAGGUCGCAGCGGAAUGCUACACUCGGCCAAACUACAGGAGCUGCUGCACACUCUCAGAAAGAUGCAUCUGGGAAGGACGGCCGAGGAGCUGGAGACAGUGUACAGCAUUCAGUAGCACUCUCUUGUGUGCCAAGUGGAAAUAUGGAAAAAAAACCUAUCUGAAUCCGAGGUUUUGUUCUCUGUGCUGAACUCAAUGACAUACUGGGAGAUUAGUCCAAGAUAGACGCAGUUGAUGCACGUGGAUCAAGGCAGCCUUUGUGUACAAAUGAGCUCUCUACCUCUCAGCCUGCCAUCUAUGGAAUGGAUUUAAAAUACUGAGAGAGAUCAAAUGUCUCAGGACACUUACUGGAUUUAAAGGUGGACUAUGCUGAGCACAGCUAACAUGAAAUUAGCUUACAUACAGUGAAAACAAAACUAUGUUUUAUAGUAGCUCAUUUUUAUUUGGUGAAUGUGAAUCUUUUGGCUGGAAAUGACAAAAGAAGAGAUAUUAAUUUAAUAUUUGUCUUUAUACCAACAACACGGGCUCGUCCUCACCUGUUUUGAAUGUAUUGAAGACUAGAAUGUUCUAGUUUAGCGCUAUUUAACCUAAAGCUGUCAAACUAUAGUAAAAAAAAUAGAACAAAUAUUUUUAGGUUAAAAAAGGUACAAAUACACUAACUGUAUAUGUUUCACUUUUGCAUGUGGUGCGUUCAAGGACCAUUGCUUAAAGUUAGAAAGAGAUGUCACUUGUUUUUAAAGAUGGGGUGGCCUAAGCCCCAGCAAAUGCACUAGUAGUAAUAAUAUAAUAAUAACGACUUAUUAUUAUGUGUGUGAAGCGACUGGGAUGAGAAUCAGCACCUCCAAGUCCGAGUCCAUGGCUCUCGCCCGGAAAAGGGUGGAGUGCCAUCUUCGGGUUGGGGAGGAGAUCUUGCCCCAAGUGGAGGAGUUCAAGUACCUCGGAGUCUUGUUCACGAGUGAGGGAAGAGUGGAUCGUGAGAUCGACAGGCGGAACGGUGCGGCGUCUUCAGUAAUGCGGACGCUGUAUCGAUCCGUUGUGGUGAAGAAGGAGCUGAGCCGGAAGGCAAAGCUCUCAAUUUACCGGUCAAUCUACGUUCCCAUCCUCACCUAUGGUCAUGAGCUUUGGGUUAUGACCGAAAGGACAAGAUCACGGGUACAAGCGGCCGAAAUGAGUUUCCUCCGCCGGGUGGCGGGGCUCUCCCUUAGAGAUAGGGUGAGAAGCUCUGCCAUCCGGGAGGAGCUCAAAGUUAAGCCGCUGCUCCUCCACAUUGAGAGGAGCCAGAUGAGGUGGUUCGGGCAUCUGGUCAGGAUGCCACCCGAACGCGUCCCUAGGGAGGUGUUUAGGGCACGUCCGACCGGUAGGAGGCCGCGGGGAAGACCCAGGACACGUUAGGAAGACUAUGUCUCCCGGCUGGCCUGGGAACGCCUCGGGGUCCCACAGGAAGAGCUGGACGAAGUGGCUGGGGAGAGGGAAGUCUGGGCUUCCCUGCUUAGGCUGCUGCCCCCGCGACCCGACCUCGGAUAAGCGGAAGAAGAUGGAUGGAGAUGGAUGGAUUUAUUAUUAUGAUUUGGCUAACGGGUAAAACAUUAUAAAAUCUUUCACAGUUGUCUCCUACAGUGAAUACACUGUCCAUGUUCGUUGGUGUGGAUUUUUGUUGACAAAAAUGCACACUGAUUGCCUUGUUUCCUUAGAAGAAACAAUGCUCCUGUCAAAUAAGCAAUCUGUGUUAGCAGGCAAGACCAUCACUUUUCUGUGUUGUUGUUGUUGUUGCCGAAAACAAAUCUUUUUCCACACUCUUUGUUGCCUUACUAGUAAGCAAUGUCACCCUCAGAAAAAACAAAUGAUGCACAAGCCACAUUUUUUUUUUUUUAAUGCUAAAAACCAAUGCAGUUUCAAUGCGUGCAUGCUAUGCUAUGCUAUGCUAACUUUUUUUAGUCACUUUCCUUGCAGCAUGGUCCUUGUCACUCUUUGUAAGAUUUUAGAAUUUAAAAAAGUAUGUCGGGACGUAGUAAUCCUGUUCCUAUCCUUUUUACUGCAAGAUGCUAGAAAGUUUCAGGAUUCUGUUCGAAUGAUGCAUUACCUAAGAAUUUUCAGGGGGAAAAAAAUCCUGUUAAUGCAUGUAUGUAUGAAAAAAGGGAAAUAAAAGAUUGCCACUUUA